UUUUCGUCUCCUUUUUUGAGAAGCGCUCACGAACACUGAGCCCAACCAUGGUGCUGCACACUGACAGUUUGUUUUGACAGUUGCGAGCAGCAUCCCGCACAGCUGAUUGUGUGUGUGUGUUUGUUUCUUAACCGAAAACAAGUUUUUAUACGUUUUUGGUAAAAAAUCGUCUCUGCAGUUUGUGAUAAAUCUUAUUGAUUUGGUGAUUAAACAGGUUUCUCAUGAUAAAAGGGAAGCAUCGCUACCAUAAACAUACAGAGUUUGUUUGUGUUCGAGACCACCUCCUCUGAUUGUUUAUUUCAUAAGAUUGCUACUGUCAAUACACAUCUAUUCACACGCACCGUAGUGCAUUUUCACUGCAAGCAACGCGAAAAAUGGUUCAAUUGUGCUCUUAAAGUUGUGCUAAAACUGAUAUUCCAUCUGUCGCUAGCUUUGUGAAACAAACAAAAGAAACGCACGCACAACAGCGAUGGCUCGAAGCCAUCAGGGCAGCGGUGGAUUGGCUGCAAUAGGAGCCGAUAUGGACGAUAGCCGCUUUCGGAUCCGGCCCUAUCAGCAGAUACUAUCGUCCUGUAGCGGUGCGUUGGUAACGUCGCUGUUCAUGACUCCACUGGACGUGGUGAAGACUCGCCUGCAGGCGCAACAGAAGGUACUGAUAUCGAACAAAUGCUACCUGUACUGCAAUGGUUUGAUGGAUCACAUCUGUCCGUGCGGUCCAAACGGUACGCUAGGUCCAACGGCUCCCAGCAAACGUCCACUACAUUUCAACGGCACGAUCGACGCUUUUACCAAAAUCAGCCGCUAUGAGGGUGUACCAUCGCUCUGGUCCGGGCUCGGGCCAACGCUCAUACUGGCCCUUCCCACGACGGUAAUUUACUUUGUCGCGUACGAGCAGUUUCGCAUCCGCUUGAAGGAACUGUACCAAAGAAAGAAGGGACGGGAUGCGGAACUUCCCAUCUGGCUGCCGCUCCUGGCCGGAAGCUCAGCACGCGUGCUUGCCGUCACGAUCGUGAACCCGCUCGAGCUGAUCCGCACGAAAAUGCAAUCGGAAAAGCUCAGCUACCGUGAGGUUGGCCACGCCUUCCGCAGCAUGUUACGCGUGCAGGGCGUGCUGGGGCUGUGGAAAGGCUUCUUCCCAACGAUUUUGCGCGACGUACCGUUCAGUGGUAUCUACUGGACGACGUACGAAUCCAUCAAGAAACGCUUCAACGUCAGUCAGCCCACGUUCGCGUUCAGCUUUGCCAGUGGUGCAAUUUCCGGCGGUGUGGCCGCUUUCAUCACCGUACCGUUCGAUGUGGUCAAAACGCAUCAGCAGAUCGCUUUCGGCGAGCAGUUCCUGUACGCUCAGAAUGGCGCCGACAAAGGGGCGCCGGGCAAGAAACCGUUCAAAGCGAUCGGCACGUUCGAGACGAUGGGACGCAUAUUCCAAAUGAACGGUAUUCGGGGUCUGUUUGCGGGGCUCACGCCACGGCUGGUGAAGGUAGCGCCCGCCUGUGCCAUCAUGAUCGCGUCGUUCGAGUAUGGCAAAAACUUCUUUUACCGCUACAACGUGCAACGAUAUCAGGAGCAGAAGGACAAAGCGUUAGCGGCGGCGGCUGCAAGCGAGGCUGGUACCGUGGUUAGUAGUGCGCCUUCCGCGAGUCUCGUCCCCUCCUCCCCGGCGCACCAUCGGGGACGGCAGAUGAACAAAUAUUAAUGUAAUGAGAUCGCUUUUUUUUUUUUCGUUUUCGCUUUGCUCUUCAGUAACGGCCUUCCGCGCGCGUUAUCUCAGCUUCUUCCUCAAAUCUCACGGGCGCCGGUUGCUGAAUGUGAGACAAUUGUAUAUGUGCAACUACAAUACUGCUGCACUUUCGACUACCACAAUCACUGUGUACAAUAAAUUGUUAGUCAUUUGUUGGAAAA